GCGCUCUCGCUGUUCGUGCCGCAGGGCGGGACGGCGAUACUGGUCGUGACGGGGGUGUUCGUGGUCUGGGCGACGCGUGUCUGCACGGGAUUGGUCGUGGAGCUCGCGAGCUGCGGGGACGAGCACCGGGGACUCAUCACUCACACCCACCAUGGCGCGAGCACUCCAAGCCCUAAUCCCCCACACUCCGAUCACCGGAAUUCCAUCUUUCCGGCUUCUGCGCCAGCUUCCCUCGCCGGCGUUUUCCCCCAUUCCCAACCGCAAGUCCAAUGUAGCGCCUUGUGUUUGGGAGCUCCAUUCAGUUUAUAGAAUACGCUGCAUUAAAGCAAGUGCCAAGUCCCUCGAGGGAAAUGGAGAUGGAGAAGAAGAAAAGCCGCUCCCAGUGGUUGUAACUUCGAAUUGGACUAAAACAUUAGCUAAUGUUGCUUCCGAUAAUUUUCUACCUCUAGCUCUUAUCUGUGGAGUACUGUUGGGACUUGCAAAUCCUGGUCCCGGUUGUCUAGCUGAUAAACUUUAUGUGUCGAAAAUUAGUACGUUUGGGAUAUUUGUAAUUUCAGGACUGACGUUGCGCAGUGAUGAAAUUGGUGCCGCUACUGAAGCGUGGCCAGUUGGACUGUUCGGGCUAGCUUCUAUUUUAUUUUUCACACCCUUAUUCUCAAAGAUCAUAUUGAUGCUCAAGCUCCAGCCGCAGGAAUUUGUCACAGGACUUGCUAUAUUUUGCUGUAUGCCUACAACUUUAUCUAGUGGAGUGGCUUUGACACGGCUAGCUGGUGGGAACUCUGCUCUUGCACUUGCAAUGACCUUGAUAUCAAACUUAUUAGGAAUUCUAAUUAUACCUUAUUCUAUCUCAAAAUUCAUAGCUGCUGGAGUUGGGGUAGCUAUUCCAACUGAACAGUUGUUAAGAAGCCUUGUUCUCACGCUUUUAGUUCCUCUAAUCUUGGGAAAGGUUGCUCGAGAACUCUCCAAAGGUGAGAGACCUCUAAACAUAGCAGAUUUUGCAGAUGGAAAUCGUAAGCUUUUGGCAGUGAUCAGUGCAAUUUUCCUCAGUUCUGCCCCUUGGAUUCAAGUCAGCAGAUCAAGGUCACUUCUUUUGAUGGUGAAGCCUGAAAUUUUUCUAGUAGCUGUUAUAAUGGGAGUGCUUCUUCAUUUUGCCCUAUUUUCUUUUAAUGCUCUGUUAAUUCCGAGUCUUUCGCUUAUCACUGGAGGCAGUAAGUCGCCUUUCGCCAAGAAAGAAAAUACCAGUGCUCUUCUAUUAGUCGCCAGCCAGAAAACCUUGCCGGUAAUGGUAGCAGUUGUCGAGCAGCUUGGGGGUGCCUUAGGUGCAUCUGGCUUACUAGUCCUUCCAUGUGUGGCAGCUCACCUUAACCAGAUUAUCAUCGACUCCUUUAUAGUGAGCCUCUGGAAGCAAAAGGAGGGCUCAUUUGAAAACGCCAAGAUAGCAUAGACUCGACACAGGACACCGUGGUCAUGAGAAGUAAUGACCGAGCCAUGGAAACCAUGUCUUAAACACUGGGGCGAAGCUAAACGUACACCAGCCCGUUACCAGCGUCGUCUGCACAUCACUUUCCAGGUAGUGCUUCUCAUCCUCUGCAAAUUGAUCUGUAUGUAGAUGUUACUAUAAUUUCAUGACAGAAAAAUACUGGAAAUAUUUUUACUUGUGAGAGAAAUGAGGGAUAUUAUUUUCUAGGAAGGUUGUUACUUGAAAUGUGGAUCAUGAAGUUUCAGCUGUAAAAGAACUACUCUUGUAUUUUUUGAAUAGAAUCUUGAAUGAUGAAUCCAUGAUAUUUUACUAUCA